AUGUCGGCAAAACAACAAGGCGAUCAGGAGACGUCUCAGAAGAACAUUUACGUGAACAUGGCCACACUCAGGAUCCCUCCGAAAACUGCAUCUUACAGCAUGUACAUUUUGAUCGCGGUACUGGCGGUCGUCAUUUCCGGCGCUCUGCUUGUCGCGUUAUUUGGUGGCACACCUACCCCCAAGAUCAAAGCACCUAUGGACAUAAACAAGGCCAGGGAGCUCCUGUACAGCAGGAUAAAGCGAUCCAUGAACCCGGGUGCAGACCCUUGCGUGGACUUCUACGACUAUGUCUGCGGAAAUUUCGAGAGUGCUUAUCCGGGCGCUACAGACAUCAUUGACGCCAUGAAAAAGGAGUUGUUCCUUGGCUGGGCCGACGAAAUUACACCUGACCAGUCGCAGCAGAGCAUCGUGGACAAGAUCGUUAUGGCCCUACAAAUCUGCCAGGAAGGGGGCGCAAAAGACCAAAAUCACUGGUCGGACCUCACGAGUUACAUCGCUCAGUUUGGACUAGGGGUCGACGUCCAGGGGACCCACAGUCAUUCUCUGUUGGACGUCUUGGUACAGAUGGCCCUUAUGCACCAUCUGCCUGUUACCAUGAUCGUUCAGCCAAAACUUAACUUGAAGGAUACCAGGCGGCUGAUCCUGCAUGUCUCCUACGGAGGGCCCAUUAUUGCGAGUUGGCUUCAAAACCCCGCAAGUGAGGUACUUGCCGCCGUGGAAAAAUUCCAAGGGGUCAACGAAGGAUUCGUGAAGGAUGUUAAAGAAGUGGACUUCAAGGUUCGAACCUGGGUGCGGGGCCUAAGCAGCGAGUACCCCGCCUACAAGACGAUCGCGCAGAUGUCGUUCCACACGCCCCAAAUCAACGCGUCCAUGUGGGGCGAGAGGUUUGCCCACUACCUCCCGCUGACCCUGAAGCCCAACGAAACCGUGUAUGUGCGGAAGGUGGAAGGACUCAUCCUCACGAACAACCUCGUGAACGAAUACAGGAACAACCCGAAGGUUGGCCUCCACUGGGUCACGGCGGUCGUGGAGUACUACCUCUUCGCUGCCGCCAUGAAGGACACCAAAGAGCACGAUGUCAAGUGCCGCGGCUACAUCCAGUAUAUGGCGCCGUUCGCCCUCAACGCCAUCUACUUCCAGAGGCACCUCGAUACAACGCAGGUGGAGCUGGGAAAGCACAUGUACCGACAGUUCCGCUGCUCGAUUCGUCAGUUCUUCAAGUGGAUGAUGCCCGAACCGACGGCGUACGCUCAAGACCGAUUUCAGCUCACCCGUCUAGUCUUGGGCGUUCCGGACAACCUCAACUCCAUUCUAGGCCUGGAGACACAGUUUCACUACGUGCCUCAGUUCAAGGAACCCUUCUUGACGUCGUUUCUAAGUGCCCUUAAGAUGAGGGCGGAGGAAGACCUCUUCAAUUUCCAGAUGACGCGGUACCAGGGGUCCAUGGCCCUGGAUCGCUGGCGGCUCCUGUACAACCUGGAGGCUGUCGAAACCGAGGAGAUGUCGUCUUUCUCGACGUUCAGCCCGGCCUUCGUGCCUUACAGCAUGGUGGUCUUCCUUCCCGCCAUGCUGAUGCUGCCUCCUUUCAUGGACACGGAAUCCGUGGCGUUCUCGUACGCGGGUACGGGCCGCCUGAUGGCGCAGACCGCAAUGCACGCCUUCGAUAAGGACCAAAUCGAGAAGAGCCACGAGGGCGACAGAGAGCCAUGGGGCUACGGGCAGGGCAGAGGGUUCUACGAGAGGCUGCUGUGCCUAGAACGGGCGUUCGAGAAGCGCAUUCCAAACGUCGCCUACGGCAGGAAAACGCUGUCGGAGAACGUGCCAGACAUCGCAGCCCUCGAGCUGGUGCUGGCGGCGUUGCGGAGCGACUCCUGCUACGUCCCGGACCGCCAGUCACACGUGGAAAAACUCACAGAGAAGCAAUUUUUCUUCGUCGCCUACUGCCACGGAUUCUGCGCGUCCAAGCAACACAUCCAAGACUACAAAGCUGGCGAGGGCAAAGGACCCGCUCGUAGCGACCAUCGCUGCAAUGUUACGGUCAGUUCCAUGACGGAGUUUGAGCAGGCCUUCAAGUGCAGCUUCAAAUCACCGCGGUGUUCCUUUUUGUCUUAG